CUCCCCUCCCGAACUACUAUAUACUUACCAUCUGCAUCCAUUCCCCAUACAACGCUAUCCACCUCACCCCAGGGUGCACCCCCAACCCAACAUGCUGAGCUUUGAACGCGCAGGAGAUUUUCUCAAAACAGUAAAACUCGUCCACAGACUAAGACAACGAUUCGUGAGCGCACCCCCGCAAUUCAAAUCCAUCUCCGAUGCUUCCAAGUCCCUGUCCAAUGUGCUCCGUGACAUCGAGGACACGUACCUCGAGGCGGCCCUCGACGAGGAGCAGCAGCGACAUCUGGAUGAAUUGUCCGAUGAUCUCCCACAAGAGAUUGUUGACUGGCUGGCUCCGAUCAGUUAUCAACCACAACAGAGUGACUUUUUCUCCCAUCGACAUGAAGGGACAGGGGAAUGGUUACUCAAUUCAACAACCUUUCGGCAGUGGAUGGGAAAUGACAGGCAGAAGCUGCUGUGCACCGGUGUCUCUGGAUCCGGGAAAACAGUACUUACAUCUUUCGUCAUCGAUCAUCUGGAGAAGACAUUCCACGAUGACCGUAACGUGGGAAUCGCUUACAUUUACGGCAACCUUCGACGCCAGUACGAGCAAGAAGCGGAAGAUGUGCUUUCCAGUCUGAUCAAGCAGCUGGUCGAAAGAAUCGCAGUCAUCCCCGAGACAAUCGAAUCUCUCUACGCACGUCACCGACAAAGCGAUACGCGACCAACUCUCGACGAGCUUUGCACGAUCUUACAUUCCCUCGCCGGCCGCUUUUCCCGGGUUUUCAUCCUGGUCGAUGCCCUUGAUGAAAUCUCCGACGGAUCAUUGAAAAGACUGCUACCUGAGCUGUUCCAGCUACAAACAAAACACAACGUCAGUCUUUUCGCCACCUCGCGACACAACCUGGACAUUCAAUCAGCACUUCACGACUGCUUGCAGCAAGAGAUUUCUGCUACCGCCGAGGACGUGCGGGCGUAUAUCAACAGUCGCUUUUGUCAAUUCCCAGCCUAUAUAUCGCGCGAUCCCGAACUACGGGAAGAGAUUAUCGAGGCGAUCACCCAAUCGGCUUGUGGAAGAUUCCUCCUCGCCUCUCUCCAUUUCAGCCUAGUGGUCGCCUCCUGGACACCCCGAGCUAUCAGGAAGACAUUACCGUGUUUACCCACAGGGCCUGACGCCUAUGACAUCGCAUACGAGGGUCUCAUGCAGCAAAUCGACAAAAAGCCCGCAUGCGAGAAAAGGAUCGCACACCAUGUCCUCGCUUGGCUCACCUGCGCCCGGAGACCACUGACGACGGUCGAGCUCCAACACGCUCUAGCAGUGGAGAUGGGCCAGCCUGCACUAGACACGGAAAAAAUCCCCGAUAUCCACGAUAUGGGCUCUUUCUGCUUUGGCCUGGUGACACUGGACAGAGAAAGCCAUACCGCGAUCCGCUUGAUUCAUUAUUCCGCACAGGAGUAUCUCGAGCGCACCCAGACGAAGUGGUUUCCGCGGGCACACUAUAAGAUCGCGCGAACGUGUCUUACGUAUCUGUCCUACGAGGUGUUUCGAACGGGACCGUGUUCGACGGAUGGGGACUUUGAACAUCGUUUGCGUGAGUAUCCGCUUUACGUCUAUGCCUCUCGACAAUGGGGCUACCAUGUCCGCAUCCAACCCGUUGAGCAGAAAUGGAUCCGGGCCUUUUUGCGGGAUCAAGAAAAAGUCUCUGCCUCCGCGCAGGCUCUCACGGCACCUUCAUGGCAGUUUGAUGGGUGGAGCCAUCAGGGCCCAAUACAGGUGACGGGCGUUCACCUAGCCGCGUACUUUGGGUUGGAGAGUACGCUUAAACUCAUUUUGACGAAGGGGGUUCCAUGCAAUGUCCACGAUUCCACGGGACAGUCGCCGUUAUCCUGGGCCGCGAAGGGGGGGCAUGAAGGCGUGGUGGAGUUUUUGAUGCGGAGAGGACUUGAUCCUGACUGUCGGGAUGGGGAUGGUCGAACGCCGCUUUCUUGGGGGGGCUGAGAAUGGGCAUGAGGAGGUUGUGAAGCCGUUGUUGCUGAGGGAUGUUGAGAGGGAUGUUCGGGAUGGCGAUGGCCAGACAGCGUUGUCGGUUGCGGUAAGGAAUCGCCAUGAUGCGGUCGUGAAGCUUUUGCUUGAUAGUAGUUGAUCCUCCCGGGCCUUGUGGUAUCUGUGGUAUCUACUUCAUCAAUGUCUCAUUUUACAUCUACUGAUACUAACGACACUUGAUAUCCGCAUCGCCACCACUUCGAGAAAAGCAGCCUCUGUCCAGAUCCAGCAUAGUGAUAAU